AUGGCGUCGGAUUCUCAUCGAAAACACUUCUUUCUCUACCCCGAGCCCAUUCGCGCCGCCAAUGUACCGUAUAAAAAUGAGCGGAAAUCUAAUCCUAGGAUCCAUGGCUGGCCCUUGAUAGUUGCUGCAUACCUAAUGGAGUGGUUUGGCUUCAUCAGGCGCCAGUCGUGGAAAAAUGCGGGGUUUGGCUCCUUGGUCAAUAUCAGGGAGCAUAUCGAGCAUACUGAACCUCGAUUUGAUCCCACUGUGUUUCCUCUCGAGGCUGCAGGCGGCUCAAAACCAAACAAUCUGGGGGAUGAAGCUGAGGACGGUCCACCACUAGCCGUUCUCUCACCCCAGAAGAAAUACUCCGUGGCGCACUAUCGGUCUCUUUUUCUUUCGGGUGAGUUGACGCCGCUGAAUGUUGUGCAUGCUAUUCUCCCGCUCAUCAGAAGGGAUACGUCGCCUCCGGGUCAGCAUUCGGUGGCUUGGUUUGAUGUCCAGGUUGAUCUCGUGAUCAAAGCUGCCGAAGCCUCGACUCUUCGAUAUAAAGAGAAGCGGUCGUUGGGGCCGCUGGAUGGUGUUCCAACAGCGGUGAAAGAUGAAUUUGAUAUGGAGGGGUAUAUCACGAGUCUGGGAUCGAUGAAUGAUUACACGGGCCAGGAACUGAUUGAUGGCAAAAUCGACACUUGGACCGUGAGAAAGAUUGAGGAGCAAGGAGCCAUUAUCUUGGGAAAGCUUUCUAUGCAUGAAUUCGGCAUGGAUACAUGCGGCAACAAUAUCUUUUAUGGAACUCCCCGCAACCCAUAUAACCAGCAAUACUAUCCAGGUGGUAGCUCAUCUGGAUCCGCUUACGCUGUCGCAACCGGUCUUAUUCCAAUUGCACUAGGCAGUGAUGGAGGAGGUAGCAUUCGCAUCCCUUCGUCCUUCUGCUCCGUCUUUGGUCUAAAGCCGAGUCACGGCCGAGUCUCAUUCUUCCCUGGUCAGAACCACAGCAAUACAUGCGCGGCCAAUGGCCCCAUAGCGGCCGAUAUCCGCUCUCUUGCAACCUUCUACAACGUCAUCAGCCAACCAGAUCCUAUAUCUCAUUUCCCCUUUUCGCCAACAAAGGUUUUAUUCAACGACGCCAACCGGCCGAAAGUCAUCGGUAUCCCAGAAGCCUGGUUCGCGCGCGCAACGCCGGCAGUCCAGACGCUCUGCCGCGGUAUGGUCGACUGGCUUACCGCCAAGAAAGGUUACACUGUCGUGGCUAUCGAGAUCCCCUUCCUCGUAGAAGGCCAGAUCGCACACGCGUUAACAGUGCUCAGCGAUGCAGCAACGCUGCUCCCAGAAAUGCGCGGCCUCUCUCCAGCAAACCGCAUCCUCCUCGCACUAGGCAACACCACACCAUCCACGGAUUUUCUACUCGCCGCAAAGUUGCGCAAAGUACUGAUGCAGCACCUCUCGUGGCUCUGGGAACAGCAUCCGGGUAUGGUGAUUGUGACCCCUGCGACGAGCUGUGCGGGCUGGGCGAUCAAAUCGGAUUCCGAGCUGGUGUACGGGAUUAAUGAUGGGGAUAAGACGAUUGAGAGCAUGGAGUAUGUGUGGCUGGCCAAUUUCUGUGGGCUGCCGAGUAUCAGCGCGCCGGCGGGGUUUGUGGUGCCCGAGGGGCAGGUGGGUGCGGGGGGUGUAGCUGGGGUGGAGACGGAGGGUAAGGUGCCUGUGGGGUUGAUGGCUACGGGUGAGUGGGCGAGCGAGGAGGCGCUUAUGCAAUUCGGGGCGGAUGCAGAGGAGGCGGGGAGUGAGCAGGAGUGUCGGCCGCCGAACUGGGUUGAUGUUGUGGAGCUUGCGAGGCAGAUGAAAAAGAGCAAUGGCAGUAUAUAG